AUGGCGCAAACAGAUCUUGAGGUCCUGCUUGACAUGGGAUUCGAGGAGGCUCGUGCCAAGCUCGCCGUCAAGAAAAAUGGAGGGCUACAGGGAGCUCUGAACUGGCUGGAGGAAAACCAGGACAAGUCUCUUGAGGACUUACAGGCUGAGCCAGCUGCUGCUGCUGGUGACGACGAUGAGGGAGGAGGGCCCACGAUUGCUCCUCUGGAGGGAGAAAGUGCCAAGUCGCUCACGUGCAACGAAUGCGGCAAGAAGUUCCGCACUCAUGCCCAGGCUUCUUUCCAUGCCUCCAAAACCGAGCACACCGACUUUUCCGAGUCAACAGAUGAGAUUGCACCUCUGACGGAGGAGGAGAAGAAGGCCAAGCUGGAGGAGCUCCGCCAGAAGGCGGCGGAGAGAAAGGAGGCCAAGGCUGCUCAGGAGAAGGAGGAGAACAAGCGCAACGAACAAAUCCGCCAGAAAGCCACCAAGGAAACCCAGGACCUGAAGGAGGAGCUCGCGCGCAAGGAGCAGAUCAAGGAGGCCGCAAAGAAGCGCAUGGAGAAGCAAGCUGACCUGGAAGCGAAGAGGCGCAUCAAGGCCAAGAUCGAGGAGGACAAGGCGGAGCGAAAGCGGCUCCAGGAGGAGGCCAAGGCGGCACGAGAGGGACGGGUGUCGGCGCAGUCCUCGCCCGUCGUUGCGGCGCCUCCGACGCCCAAGCCGGCUUCGGCGCACACCGAGGCUCGCCUCCGGCUCCAGACGCCGGGAGGGAACAUCCUGAAGACAUACCCGGCCGAGACGACGCUGUUCGAGGUUGCGCACGACGUCGAGGCCGAGACACAGACUCCGGUCACGAGCUUCACCAUGACCUUCCCGAGGAAGAAGUUUGAGAGCGGUAUUGAUUUCGGCCAGACCCUGAAGGAGGCCGGACUUGUGCCCAGCUCGGUGUUGGUUGUGAAUUAA